CGUCACUCUCGCAUAUUUAGAGAAGAGCAGGGGUUAGAGAGUGAAAGACCGAGGGGAGAGAGAACGGGAAAGAGGGACAGAGAGAGAGGCAAUGGAGAAGGUGAGACGAGCCGAUGACGAUGACAGUGAUCGUGUCACUUGGUCGGAGAACGAAGAUGGAAACAAUAGGGAUGGGGGUUCCGGUGAUGAGAUUGCUGGUGUAUUCUUCAUACGAUUAGGUCAUAUGGUUCGGUUCUCUUCUUUACAAAACACACACAACCGAGAGAGACCGACUGAAAAGGGGAGUCGGCCAACAGUUUUCCGGCGAACCCCUACGUUUCCUGUGAAGAGAGAGAGAUGAUUGAUGUGUAAAUUAUGGUGACAAAGAGAGAGGUGAAAAGCCAAAUGGUGUAUGAGGGCUAUUUCCUUGGAAACCCUAACCUGAAAUGAGAAAUCUCCUUCUUAGACAGAGCUAUCUUCGCCUUUAAAUCAAUAUGUUCUCCAAGUGUUUGGGCAAAUGGUUUUCAAAGGGUACUGGAGGAAGCCGGUUCACUGGAUUCUUUCAUCCCGCUCUGGUCUUGCAGAGACUGAGUUGGAGUGAGCUGUUAGCAAGGGCCUCAUCAAAAAACGAUGGCAACUCAUUUCGUUCUCUGCUUGAAGCAAAAAAUGCUGAUGGUCAAACUGCUCUUCAUCUGGCAUGCAGGCGGGGCAAUGCUGAACUUCUUGAGGCUAUUUUAAGUUAUCCAGAGGUCAACGUUGAUGUUCUUGAUAAAGAUGGGGACCCGCCACUUGUCUUCGCGCUUGCAGCUGGAUCCCAAGAGUGCGUUCGGGCCCUUCUUAGUAGAUAUGCUAAUGUCAGAUCUAGGCUGAGGGACGGGUUUGGCCCGUCUGUUGCUCAUGUCUGUGCAUAUCAUGGCCACCCCGAUUGCAUGCGCGAAUUGCUAUUGGCUGGUGCCGAUCCAAACACAAUUGAUGAUGAAGGUGAAUCUGUACUGCAUAGAGCCGUGACAAAAAAGUAUACAGAAUGUGCUCUUGUUAUAUUAGAACAUGGGGGCUGUAAAUCUAUGGGUAUCUUAAACUCGAAGAAUCUAACGCCUCUACACUUAUGUGUCACAACAUGGAAUGUAGCCAUUGUGAAAAGAUGGAUUGAAGUUGCAUCUUCUGAAGAAAUUUCUGAAACGAUAGAUGUACCUUCUAGAAUCUUCCGGAUUCUCUCGUGUGGCAAGUCUGCCAGCGUGGAGUGGUAUGGUCCCUCUAACAUAUGUGCAUCUGUGAUUCGGGAUCAUACCUCUUCAGUCUUCAGGGUUCAAGUGAGAGGUUAGUGUAUUUGUGUGUGAAAGCGACGGACAAGUUCUUGAUGGUCGGUCACAAUGAUGGUAAUUAACGCCUCAUUGCAUAGCGGUGAUGUGGUAUUAUAUAGCAGGAGUUGGCAAUCGAACAGGAGAAGCGACCAAUGGUAGAGAUGUCGCCGAUAUGUGGUAAUUCACAAAGUACCAGGUCAAGCUAAUCUGCACAUGGGAGUAUAAUUAUUGAUGUAUUAGAAGAUCUGGGUGCUUGUAACUGAUCAGACCUUGAGGUUUGUAAAUUUUCUUACUAUGGUAUUUCACAUUUUCUUAAAAGUUCGUCUUUGAAAAAAGAAUUAUAUGUUGUAUUUUUGUUAUGCAUCUGGUUGGUCAUGUAGCUAGGCUCUUUUGACAAUUUAAACGAAGAACCAAAUUAUGAAAUGAUUUGCCAGGUGAUAUAUGAAUCCUCACAAAACUAGCUUUAUAUUUAUGUAAGUCAAUAUAAUUUCCAUUUUCUAAAAAGUAUAUUUUUUGAGUCGUUUGGUCGUGAACCCAUGGUGUUAUAUCUACUGUGGCCUGUUUCCAAGUAACAAAGUUGAUUCAUUAUAUUAUAAAAACU